AUUUAUCUCCGCCACCUUCUUUAUAUCCUUUCUACCUCCCACAUCCCCACUAUAUCCUCAUCCAUCGCCAGGUUUACCAGUGAUUGAUGAUGAUGAAGGACGAAUGGCUAACGGCCGCGAUGACGGAUGACGCGGUGGUGGUGGAACUUUUGUUCUCCCUCAAGCGCUCGUCGGAAAAGUGCACGCCGCCGCGACCGCAGCUGCAUCCGGACGGGAUUAAGUUAUUUCACAAGCGGUUUCCUUCUCCGGGCAAUUGGGGUCACCGCCAGCCAAGAUCAAAACCGGCGGCGACGGUCAGCCGCAAGGAGUCUGGCUCUGGAGCUGACGCGAGGUACAGUCCUACAACUCCGCUCUCGUGGAGUGGCGCCGCAGCUUCACCCAGCGACGGCGGCUAUGACGUGUCCAGCCAUCUUCCGUCUUCUUCUGAUCUAACCUCCUCCUUCAGAUCCAAGGUUUUGUGUAACUGUUUCCGCUUUCCUCGCUUUCCAAUUUUCUCCAAUACCGUCAUUCAGAGAAUUAUUUCCUUCUAUAUACGAAGUAUAUAUUCGUUUUCAUUAAUUAAUAAAUCAGUGAGUUAAAUUGAAUGAAUAUCCUCUUCUCAAAUGCCCUCUCCGAAGCUUCGGAUCUGGGGAAAUUUCCAAUGUAAGCGUGUUUCAAGUGCCUCGAGCUCUGUCUCUCUCCUCUGGGCUGUAAUAAUCCAUUCUCUUCAUCGGGAAAUAAACCUAUACUUUUUUUUACCUAAUUAAAUACAGUAUAACAACAAUGCUUUUUAAACAAAACGGGUCAAUGAUACUCCGUACUUUUUUUUUUGAGUAAAUAGUGGAUCACCUAAUUCAAUGGGUAGGGUCGUAAAAGAGAAAUUAAUGAAGGGGUCACAUAGCUGCAUGUAGGUAUGGGCCCCGCACUCGCCGCCGCGGAGUUGGGAGUCGCCGUCGUAACCGCGGCCUCAUGGACUUAUCAUGUGGCUUCUCCUUGAUUCCAUCUGUUCUUUUGUCAGGAGGCGGGCCAGACCUGUAAUUAUCUUUGGUGAUGUGUAUUGCGGGUUCUGCUUUUUUAUUUUUUUGACCUUUUCAAGUUGUCAUCUCUUUCAUGUUUUUUAAAAUGUUUUUUUCCGGAUUUGUUUAUUGGGGUAGAGUGUUAGUGUGUUACUCUUUAUUUUCACUUUUCCCUUUUCAUACAUGAUACAUCCCUAUUAUUAUCCCUCUAAUUACUACCAGUUUUGCUAUUUUUAAACAGUGUAAAGUGAAAGAGGAAUAUAGAUAAGGACAGGGGAAUAAAAGCUAUGGAGUACUAUUUUUAGACAGACUGGUUUUCUUAUGUUAUUUUAAGAAAACAUUAGAAAAAAGUUACUUUUAAUACUCCGUAUUUUGUUUUCUUUGAUUGGAGUAGAUGCUGCGGAAAGAACUUACGAAGUAUUUUGAGAAUCUUGUAUGGAUUUAUUUUCAAAAAUAUCAGAAAAAGUUCAUUUGUAAAGAAAUAAAUGUCAAAACGGGAAAAUAUAAACAAUGUUUUUAAAAAAAUUAACCAGUGCUCAUAUGAGAAAAACAUUCCCGAUAAAAUAGGCUUUCCCAAACGUUAUGAUUUUUGGAGUUUUGUUGAAUGAUUUAUUGACAAAUCUGGGUCCAUAUAAUAAUAGGAAACCUUUUUUGUUUUGUUUUGUAACUUGAUCAUGAUUCUUGUAGGUAGAUCUACCACGUCAGUGAUACACAAAUGUUUUGUUGGGCUUUGUGUCUAUCCCUUGGGCUCGAAGGGUAGUCCUUCUAUCGAAUCUUUGAGCCCACACUGUUGUGCCUCUUGAGCAGUUUAGUUGGUUACUGGGGGUAACAUCAUACCAAUAAAGCACAUAUUAUGUUCUUGACACUACAGCAACAGCAUGAGUUUUACACCUAAAUAUAAAAUGGUGUGUUUCGUGUGGGAACUGGGCAUUUACCCUCCCAUCUAAGGGUACAUAGAUCAGGUUGUAAGGUCAAGAGGCAAGGGAUUUUGCCUAUUUAACCAACAUUAACACUUUUUCCUUUUAAGAUUUUUUAAGUUUGUAUGAUUUCUCUCUUUUCUGUAUGAGUUUCAAUGACACAGUUAUCACCUUUUUAAUCACUGUGUUUAGUCAUAUCAUGAUUAAUUUUGGAUGGAUAAAGUACUAAAUUUGGUAGUGUGAUGAAUUCAAACUGUGUCCAAGCAGGCUCCUUAGGAAUUAUAAGUUUAAUGUGCAUAUCAUGAAUGGACAAUUAUAUUUGCACAAACUGUAACGUGUAAUCAGAUGUAUGUACAUUUGGUUGGUAUCACUUUUGUUUCUGCUUACCUAUUUCGGUCAUGUUCGCAUUUUAGAUUGGGAUUAACGUAAAAUCAUCUUUCUUAUCAUCUUUAACACAUGGUGCAGUGGCUAAUUUUACUAAUAGAUCAAGUCUGCUCAUGUGCUCACUUGCAGGUUGCUUUUACUAAUGUAACCAGCUAUGUUGGAAAAUCUAUCAGUGGUUUUAGAAAGAGAAAGGCAUUCCUUAUGGAUGAAGAAAACUCGAUUCUUAAGGGAAAGAAUCUGGCACCUCUUUGUGGGAUCCUUAAUCAACAAAAAGACAGCAUAGGAGACAUGAAGAGGAUCAAGCAAUCAGUUGGUGAUAUAGAUGUCGGAGGGCCCCACAUGCGCGCAUUACCAUCUGCUGUUACACAUUCAGCUCUGCCUAGACACACAGUAGUAGAUAAUGACCUUGUACUAAUGAGGCAGAAGUCAGUUGAGACGCGGGGCAGAGGCUUCAUCCUUCCAGAUCUAAACACGGCUCCUAUGGAAGAUGAUACAGACCUGGGGUGGAACUAAUAAAGCAUAAAUCUUCAGAGAAAAAUAACUGCUGUUUCUAUUCUUCGGAGGGUCAUUAGGAUGGCGAUGAUCAUGGGAUGGUCUGCAGAUUGCUUGCAAUCACAGAGGAGCUGUUUGAAGAUGGCAGUAGAUCACUGCAAGCCCCUCCACGUUUGGAGGUUUUGUAGUGUAGUACAUCAGUAUAGUGUAGAGAAGAUAUUGACGGCUAGUAUGUAGAAAAAUCUUGAUAAUUUGUUUAUUGAUAUCUUGUUGCAAUUUAAAGAGACAUGAAAUUAAAGUGAAACAAAAUGGUAGAAAAUUCCCCUACCAUUUCUCCUUUGCCAUUUACUCAUCUGAGUACGAUUCUUCCUAGCACCGAAGUUCCAUCUUAUAUGAAUUCGUACAUAAAGUGCUUUGAAACUAUUACAUCAUAUUGUGGCGUCA